AUGCAGCAGUUGACUGUUGGGGAAGACCCUGCCGAAGUGGGGUCCAAGAUCAACAACGACGAACACCCCAACAUCCACCUAUCUCUCAACACAGAUCCAAUCAUGCCUGAACUGAAAGCCAACGAUGGAAUUCAACUGCAAUAUUCAACACAUGGCUCAGCAUCAUCACCGCCACUGAUACUCCUCCACGGCUUCACGGGAUCAAGCGCAGUCUUCACGCGCAACGUGCCUACAUUAUCCAAGGACUACUAUGUCAUCGUACCCGACCUGCGCGGGCAUGGCCUGUCCGGUAAGCCCAAGGCUGGGUAUCAUGUCUCGCGCCUUGCCAUGGACCUGAAGAAUCUCAUCGAGCACCUCAAGUUCACAGAGGGUGAAGUGUCUGCCAUUGGUACAAGUCUGGGGGCUGCCAUUCUCUGGUCCUACGCCGAGCUCUUCACCACUUCAACAUUCAAGAAACUCAUCUUCGUCGACCAAGCACCUCUGCAAAACUACACAUCAGACUGGGGUAAAGAGUUUGGAAACCGCGGGUGUAAUAGCGCAGAAGCGCUGGAUCGCGUUCAACACCUUCUGGAGUUCGGACCCAAGGCUGCACACAUCGGCACAAUUUCUGCAUGCCUAGGCUACAGGUCGCAUCCUCAACCAGGCGACCCUACCAUUGGAUCCAAAGAGUGGGUAGAAGACGAAGAUUUCUUCCUUGGAGAGGCGAUGAACGGCGAUGGGAGGUGGUAUGGUAAACUGAUGAGUGAUCACACAUCGCUAGAUUGGCGAGAUGCUAUUGCGCAAAACUUCGGGCCAGGAAGCGGAAGUCAGACCCAAGUGUUGGUGGUCGCGAGUACGCGAAGUGGAUGCUUCCCUGCUGCUGGACCGCUCAAGGUGGUCGAUUUAGUUAAUGGCGGCAAGGAGGAUGGACUUGCAAAAGGUGUGGCUGUGGAAUGGGGGGGCCACUGGUGCUAUUGGGAGAAGCCUGACACGUUCAACGAGUUGGUAUUGGGAUUUUUGAAGUGA